GAGUCAGCGAACACAGCAAAAAGGCAGAGCAGGGAAGAAGAAAGAGAGUUAAAGGGGGAUGUGAGCGUACUGUCAUUGAUGGUUCAGGGCACUAAAGUCAGGAGAAAUGCAAUGACUAGAUGACUAUCCACUCCACUCGCACCAGCAUCCUUUCCUGGAGCCUUGACAGGAGAAAAAAAUACACGCUCAGUCAAAGGUAAACAGUCUUCAGCCAGUCCCACAUUACUGGAUCAUGUCAUCCACUGGCUCGACAAACCACAACAAGCGUCUGGCGUCUGAAAAGGACAAUUCCCAGAGUUUGUACAACAAUGAUUCUGCUCAGCACAUGAAGCUAAGAGACAGGCAACGGUUCUUCGAAGAUGUCUACCAGCACGAUGUGGACAACUACCUGCCCUCUACGCACCUACAGGUCGACUGCAGGAAACCCCCCAUGGGCAGUAUUUCAUCUAUGGAGGUGAACGUGGACACUCUGGAGCAGAUGGAUCUGAUGGACAUAUCAGAUCAGGAAGCCCUUGACGUGUUCCUCAACUCGAGCUCAGUUGGUGACGAAGGAGCCCUAUCGUCUCCACUACCAGUUAUAGAUUGUGAGGACGAUGACGAAGACGAAGUGGAUGAAGAAGCAGAGGUUGUCUACAGGGAUCGAGCGCCGCUGCAGAGGCAAAACGAAGUCUACCGUGGAUCUCAGACUCGAUUUUCUUCAACGUCGUCUGGUUCCAGUGUUACCAGUGCAGGCGGAGCCGACACACCGGUGAUCCAGUCCGAUGAUGAAGAAGUACACGCUGACACUCUGCUGCUAACCUCUGUUCCCAAUACAAGAGAUGAAGAAACAGAGGAAGAAGAUGAAGAAGAAGAACGAUGCUUUUCAACAGCCCAUCAAAAAGACUGAAUAUUUCUCCUUCCCCCUGUGCAUAUGCAUUCUUUUCUAAUGAGCUGAAACGCCCCGCAUGUUUGGGUCAACUGUAAUUACCUUUGUCCUUUAGAUUGUGCAUUCUUCUUUAUGAUUUGCCAACUAACCACCUUUACUUUACAAGCUUUAUGGUGCAUUCAUUUGAUAGUUUCUUGGCAGUUGUGUCAGAAGACGUUUAUAUCAAUACAAUGAGGUGAUUAUUUUUUGUCUGCACAAACUUGUUCUGGUUGACAUAAAACAAGUUCAGUUUUACUUCUCAAUUUGCCAUGGGGGAUCCUUGUGACUCAUAUUUUUUCUUUUAUUAAAGGCUCAGUUUCUCAAGAGAAGAACUAGAAACAAGAUCGUCACUUGGUCAUAAUUCAAGUAGGUCACAUGACCUAACUGAAACCUGAAACAGACUCUAUUUAAGAAUUAGGUUGGUUUUAGGAGCAACUGGUUGUACUUGACCUUUACUACAGCUCUGUUUCAAAAACAUGAAACUCGUUAUGAGUCGUAAAUAGAAAGCAUAUCUGUUUUUUGAGAGACACAAAAAACACAUUAAAUCAAGUAAGUCGAAGAUCUGGUUAUGAAUGAAAGCAGUUCAGCCAUGCUUUUAAUGGAACACAUGUCACAGAAAAGGCCAAGAAAUAAAGGUAAUAACAGACUGCUUUUGCAAGAUAUACAGUAAAACAGACACCACAGUAUUAAAUAAAUCAAGCGUAAAAGCCUCUGUUGAGCCUGCUCAUGGAUUUUCUUUUAUUUCAUGUUAUUUUAGACAAAUCCUUUUGAAGUUUGUUGGAUUAUUUGCCAUGUAAUUAUAAUGUUGCAUUAUAAAACACAGUGCCAGUUUUUUUUGUUAGCAAACAGGAUUAUGCAUCAAACCUGAGUACUAUUUUUUUAUGAUCUUCGUUUUGCAGUUUUAUUUGCAAACAUCAUCUCCAAACAGGAGUUACAAAACAUCCAUGAGUACCUGCUCGACGGCAUGUUUUGACUUUCGUUGUCGUCAACCCUUGCAUUAUAAGAUUUGUAGUUAAUCCUUAAAGAUUAAAGUGGCAGCUCUUUGCUUGAAGAGCUCAAAGAGUUCAAUGAUGACAUUCUUGGUUUGAGGUUAAGCCGUGCAUUUUUUUAGGAACUGGGUUUUGUUUGCAGAAACUGAAAAAAAGAAAAGGAGCAGGCGGUUACUGGAUUUUGUCAUGUUAACAAAUAUACAAAAACAUGUCAAAAUACUGUUUUAGUGACAAACAAUGAGUGAGUGGGAAAUAUUUUGGGUUUCAUUUUCUUUUUCAAUUAAAAGAUUUUUAAUUAAAAAAAAUCCCCAGCCAAGAAUCAGGGACUGUUGCGUGUUGCACAAUGGUACACUUGUUAGCGCUGUUGCCUUGCAGCAAGAAGAUUCUUGGCACACAUCCAAAUCUAUAGAUUUUGGAUUUUUUUCUCUCUCUCUGUGCAUAAGUAAUUUCUUUCUGGGCUAGUGUAACUUUCUCACACGAUUUUGUACCCUGCCUUUCAACCAGUGAUUACUGGAGAUAGGCAGAUGGGCGCCCUGCAAGGAUAAGAGGGUAAAGAUUGCUCCUACACCCAUAAAAAGGUCCACGUUCAAAGUCCUCAAUUUCUUGUCCAACAUAAACACAACUUAAAAAGAAAUAUUAUGUAAAAUUGACUUUUUGAGCUUUACAUCAUGUUCUAAUGUUAUUCAUUGGAACAACUGAAGUUACCUGUGUAAUACAGUGACACUAUGUGCUUCAUGACCCCUUUAAUCAGUAGUUUUUGAAGUGGUGAUUUUACAUCAACCACUGAUGACAGAAAUAAAAUAUGUUUGUAAAGUUUCUUCUGUUUGCACGAAGAAAGUAUUUUGAACAUUAUGAAUGAAAUGGCUUUUUUGUUGUUUUUUUUUUGCAAAUCCAUGCCCUUAUGUUCUGCAUGCUUAUAUGUUCUUAGUACUUUCUAAAAUAUGCUGGUAAUGCCUGUGUGAAUUCUCUGUCUCGUUCUCCUAUGUAUUGUUAAAAGAGAGGACUCUGUAUUUACGGUGUGAACACUUGGAGAAAAACAUGGCACACCUGAGAAGAGUUUUAUGAGCUCAUGUUGUGUUAAAUUUAUUUCGUAAAUGCAUAAAGAUGUCAGUGGUGUAGCACAGCAGUAAAGCUGUUAAUAAAGCAAUCCCAGAGCCUUUUUUAUUGUUACACUUUUUCCCACCUUACAAAAUGCCACCAUUAAAAUUAACCUGAGAGUAAACCUGC